GGUUCCGGCAAGAUGGCGGCCUGGAAAUACCUCUCGCUUAUAAUCAGGGAAACUGCAGCAACUUUUCCCGGCAUCAGAAGUGCCGUGGGCCUGAAGAGGCUGAACCCCAGGAUCCUGGUAGGGCUUUCAGCUGCCGGAGCCGGUGUGCUGCUGGCUGGGGGCCUGGUAUUUCACGAAGCUGAAAAUCGGCGGAGGAGUGGCGACCUGAGCCGCAGGUACAGUGUGUACGCGGCUGAGCAGCAGGUCCAGAAUACCAUUAAAGAUGAUACUAAAGAAGAAUAUGGGUGUGCUGCAACUUGCAAACAGCGUUUCAAACAGUUUGCCUCAAUUGAGUGUGAGGGUGAAUUAUUCAUGACUCCUCGAGAUUUCCUGUUCUCAGUCAUUCAAGAAUGUACAGACGGUAAUUCACCUUUUCUCUCUGGUCAGAUGAAUAAAAAGAAGUUAACAAAGCAGGAUAUUGAUACAUUGGUGGCACAAGCAGCUACUGUGAAGCAGAGUACUAAUCUUUUCAGAGACCUUGGAGAUAACGGUUUGAUAUCAUACACUGAGUACUUAUUCCUUCUUGGUGUUCUGACAAAGCCACACACUGGAUUCCGUAUUGCCUUUACUAUGCUGGAUACUGAUGGAAACCAACAAGUGGAGAAAAAAGAAUUUCUAGUGCUGCAGAGUAUCAUUCGCCAAAAGAAAGAGGUCAAGCUUGGAGCACAUUCUACGCCGAAAAGUAGCAAAGGAAUAAGCACAACACUGCUAGUGCACUUCUUUGGUAAAGGAGGAGACCGGAAGCUCCAGUACAAGGACUUCUACAGAUUUAUGGAAGACUUGCAAACAGAAGUGCAGGAGAUUGAAUUUACAGAAUUCUCUCGAGGCAUGAAAACCAUGAGAAGAGAGGAGUUUGCAGCAUGGCUGCUCCAUUUCACUGAAGAGGAAAACCGUGAUAUUUACUGGAAGAAAGUGAGGAAAUUACCCCCAGGAGAGAGCAUUUCCUUUCAAGAAUUCAGGGCAUUUUGUCAGUUUAUGAAUCAUCUUGAAGAUUUUGCUUUCACCAUGAAUAUGUUCACUGCAGCUAAUCGUCCUGUUGGAAUAGGACAAUUCAAGAGAGCUGUGAGAGUCGCAACAGGGCAAGAAUUAUCAGAUAAUGUUCUUGAUACUGUCUUCAGGAUUUUUGAUGUGGAUGGAGAUGGGUGUCUGAGCAAACAAGAGUUCCUUGGAGUGAUUAUGACAAGGCUGCAUCGUGGCUUGAAGGCACCAAUACAACAUGGUUUCAAAGGCUAUUUUAAAUGUGUGAAGAAAGAGACUAUUGUUGGAGUACAUGAAGCCUGGAAGCAGACUGGAAGAAGCCCCUGUUAAAGCUACUGGGCAUAAGGUCUUUUUACAUAAAAUAAUCCAACGCUAUACACAAGGGACAGUUUGUUGAGGAAAUUUGUCACAGGUGAUUUAAAACAAUUUUCAAAAUAUCUAGGAUUACUAGAAAGUAUCCAAAAUUUAAUAAAAUAUAUUAAGUGUGUCUUGCUUACGUAUGUAAGAAGUGUCCUUACACAAAAAUAAAAGAUUGUUUUCAUGAAAAUGUAUUUUGCCAACUCUUUUCACAUUUGUUUACAAGCAUGUACUACACUGUAAUGAAGAAUAGCACUGUCAAUUUUGUCACUCAAGUGUGACAUAAUUCUGAUAAUAAAUGUCUGUGGUAUUUUUGACUCCUUUUGUUCCUCCAAAUGAGUUUUUUCAGCAUUUUUUUUCUUGAAGGCAAUGCACUUUAAAUAAAAUUAAAGUGGUUGAAUCACUAACCUUUUUUUAUAUAUGUCAGGCAAUUCAUUUUUUUCAGAUGCUGUUAAAAAUACAAAGCAAGAAAUCUGUUUGCUUAGCUCUACCCUUAAGUGCACUACACAGAUCUCAGGGGCAACAGGAGAAGGGGCUUCUACCUGGAUGCCAUUCUUCAUUGAUUUAUUUGGAGAAGACCACAUAGGAAUGGUCCACAGUUUUACUUGCCCCAGUAAAUCAGCAUAGAUCUAUGUAGCACCAAAAGUCAUGUUAUGCAAACAGAUUUAGUCCUAGAAAAUAUUGCUACUUCAGUGCAAAGCAUGAAACAUUCAGGGACUUAAUUAAAUGUGUCUUUAUGUUAUUGUGUACAUGUUUGUUUUAAGAAUCUAAGUCAAAAUAUUAAAAACAUAAGAAUUGUUUUAAAAUUAUGUUUAAGUUGUAAAAUUCUACAUUGUAAAGUUGUCGGUAAUUUAUCCUAAUGCCUGCUGUGUGGAUCUCAGAACAAAUAUUCUUCAACAACUGUGAUUAUGUUUUCGAUGUUGGAUAAAACUGCCCUCUGACGUAAUUAUUUUAUUUGAAUAUGUAAGAACUACGAUGAUUUCAUCAAAAUCUACAACAUCUGGAUUCUUUAUUAACUGUGUUGCUUUUGCAUUAAUAAAGUAUGGCUUGUGAAA